AUGGUCAAUGAGCAACCUUCAAAAACCACCGAGGUGUGUGAGGAUCCACUACCUUUGGAUCACUUGUCAGUGGUAAAGGAGCAAGAUCAACAGGAUGGUGUUCGUGUUGCGGAAGCAAUCACCGCUUCGUGGUCCAAAAGCUCCCUCAUCACAGUAUAUGCCUGGCAAGUGUUCAUGUGGCUUUUGUAUUUUGUCAAUGCACUCCAAUCGAGCUUGACUUCGAACCUUUCGGCAUACAUCACCAGCGAAUUCUCGGAGCAUUCCCUGCUUACAGUGAUCAGUGUUGUCACCAGUGUUAUGAGUGCGGCAUGCUUAAUGCCCAUCGCCAAAGUCUUAAAUAUCUGGGAUCGUACCGUGGGUAUCGGUAUCAUGGUGUUAAUCGCCAUAAUGGGUCUGAUAAUGAUGGCUAGCUGUACCAACAUUGCCACUUACUGCGCUGCACAGGCCUUUUACACAGUUGGUCUCACUGGUGUCAUAUUCUGUGUCGAUGUGUUGACAUCCGACACCUCCUCGUUGCGCAAUCGAGGAAUCGCCUUCGCUUUUACUUCCUCACCCUCUGUUAUCACCGCUUUUGCUGGUUCUCCCUUGUCUAAUCAAUUUCAUGAGACCAACUGGCGAUGGGCCUAUGGAACAAUUUGCAUUAUUCUUCCAGUCAUCGCGCUUCCAUUGAUCAUAACCUGGGAGCUAGCCAAGCGGAAAGCAGACAAAGAGGGGCGAUUACAGUACAAGCCACAUGUUGCCCGUACUUGGGGGGAAAGUGUUACGUUCUACAUAAUUGAAUUUGACGUGAUUGGAAUAUUUCUCAUGAUUGGUGGCUUGAUUCUUUUCCUCAUUUCCUUUAAUAUUGCUGGAAACACCGAAGACGAAUGGAAAUCUGCCAAAAUUAUUGCUCUGAUGGUGGUUGGCUUUUUCGUUCUAGUUGGCUUUGUGGCCUAUGAGCGCUGGGGGGCACAAAAGCCUUUCAUUCCCUCUCAUUUACUCAUCAACCGCACUGUCAUCGGUGCCUGUCUUCUUGAUAUAACUUAUCAGGUGUCAUAUUAUUGCUGGGCAACCUACUUCACUUCAUUUCUGCAGGUUGUCUACGGAACCAGCCUCACUCAAGCCGGUUACAUCAGCGCUAUCUUCGAUUUCAUGGAUCCUGUUUGGCUUAUUGGGUGUGGCUAUUUGAUUCGAGUGACCGGCCGUUUCAAGUGGUUAUUGCUAUGUGCCGUUCCCCUGUACAUUCUAGCUAGUGGACUGAUGAUUUAUUUCCGUUCUCCUGGUCACAGCGUUGGGUAUAUGUGCAUGUGUCAGAUCUUCCUGGCUGUUGGUGGGGGUACCUUGAUCCUUAUUGAGCAAGUCUCGGUUCUUGCCGCCUCCAAGCAUGAAGACUACGCAGCCAUGCUGGCCUUGUUGAGCACCUUCGGUAACCUGGGUGGUGCUGUGGGUAACAGUGUCUCAGGCGCUAUUUGGACCAAUAUACUCCCUCGGAAACUGCGAGAGUAUCUUCCGGCUGAGACGAAGGAAGCCUGGUCGGAAAUUUACGAGUCAUUGGAGGUUCAGCUCAGCUACCCCAUGGGCUCAAUCACUCGCAUCGCCAUUCAAGAUGCGUAUGCCUUCACUCAGCGAAUUAUGUUGAUCACUGGUACUGGAAUCAUGUGCCUAUCCAUUGCAUGGGUACUGAUGAUGAAGAACAUCAAAGUCUCAGACAACAGAAAUGUCUCACAGGUCGUGUUCUGA